AUAAAUAACAUGCCCCUCCGCUGCAAGUCGCUAUCCUGGGAAACCAAACUUCCAUUGCACUUUGCAUCCGCCUACUAUCCGCCGGUUCGUACCUACCGAUUCGCUCAGCUGCCCAAACGCGGGCAACAGAACCUACACCAUGCUCUACUUCAAACUCUUCCUCCUGGCGGCUUUGUCGUCCGCCUCGGCGGCCUUUGACCCCGCCCAAGACACAACAUGCAACGACCAAGGAAUCUGCCUGUCGUCAUUCAUUUGGUGCGAUCGGAACGGGCAGGCCUGCGCCUACCCAGAUGGCGCGGAUGCGCUGAUUCCAGGCGUCACCACGGCGUCGUACGCUGUCCUCUAUCAUCACGACAAGUACGAUAUCCGCUGGCGCCAGGCGCAGCCGGGCACCACUGUUCUGGUCGAGUGGCUAUUCCACCGUAGCCCCUUCCAAGAGAAGGACGAGAAGUCGCCUAGCACUCUUCCAGUAAUGUGGAGCACCAACGUGACGAGCUCCUCCACCGAGGGAGCUUUCACCUUCGACCCACUCUCAAUUCUACAGGACUUCCCGACGCCGCAUGCUCCUGACGUGUCCCCGGGCCACGCCGCGUCCGCCGCGAGUGGGAUUGCCAACACCAUCCGCCUCAGCCAGCCCGGCUCCGGCUUUCCGGAAGUUUAUACCAACCAAUUCACAGUCCAAUCGGGCAUAGCCCACCAGCUGGUGCAGAACAUCCGCCGGCAUGAAGCGGAACUCCGUUCGGCCGAGGCCCGAAGCUGGAGACUCGGGGUCGGCAUCGGUGCCGGUUUGGGAGUCCCAUUGCUGGCCGCCCUCAUCUGGUGGCUUGCCUCAAGGCAGGCCUCUGCCAGGGCUGCUCGUUCCGUCGAGGAAAGAAACCGCAUGAUCAUGGGACUGGGGGAUGCCCAACGCGCACCGUGA